AUGGAAGAAGUGCUGAAAAAUGAGAUGGAGCUGGAGUACUGUAAGAAGGUGGGAAGUUGCGCGGGCACGAAUCAAUCGAUAAUUUUUGAAACUGAUCGAGGAAAAAUGUUUGUGAAGAUUUGUGAGGUAAUUUUUGAUUUUUGGGCGAAAAUCAGUGAAAUUUCAGAUUUUUUAUCUAAAAUUUUGAAAUUUUUAUCUAAGUCAGUGCAUUUUUGACUGAAAAUAAGCAAUUUCAGAUUUUUGCAGACCCGCGAGCUCGCUGAAGGCGAACUGGAAUCGCUGAAAUUCAUUCGCCAAACUGGCUCCAUUCGAUGCCCCGCCCCUUUUUGCACCAUAAAAUUUGACGCAAAAAAUUACGGGCUGGUAACCGAAUUUUUGGAAAUGGAAAAUAGUGGCCGAGUGAGAAAUGAGACGAAAUUGGCGGAAAAAUUGGCAAGGUUGGUGCAUUUUUGCCACGUCAUAGCUCAUUUUUGGUGGGAAAUUUGAAAAUUUCAUAAAAUUCUGGGAGGAUUUCGCGCGAAAAUGUUAAAUUUGAACAUUUUUGGCAAUAUUCUCAGGUCAGAAUUUCAUGAAUUUUUCAAUUUUUAGAUCAUUCCAACGCGGCAAAAAAGAAAAAAGAAGAUGGAAUGAAAAGAGCUCAAUAAAAAGAGAGAAUCGAGAAAAUAUCCUGAGUGACCCAUGA